CCCAAUGGCCUCGACGGUCAUUCCCCACCCGAUAGUAUCGAUGAACGCUUACCAGCCAUUCAAAUGAGUCUCGCUUUCGAUCCCCGCGCGCCUGAGACAGUGACCGACGAGGUUCGCGAUACCCUCCGGCCAGAUCCAUGGCUCGUGCCAACACUGACGAUUAUCUCUUGCGGAAUGGAUCUGUCUCUGUGGCUGAAUUCUUUCCCAACUGGGCUCGCGAACUUUGGCCCGUCCAUCCACUCACUAACAUUUUCCUGCAAGUCCUUCAACGCAGUCAUGCAUACCGUUGCUGGCGAACGCGGCGUCCAGUAAUAUUGCAACAUUACGGUUUGUUGCAUGCAUAACAACAAUAAAUCCGCGCAGCACGAGGCUCAGUUACCUUUAAUAACGAAGGGUAGUCAGAACUACCGCUCCAGAAAUUUCACUCAUCCACCGUCCGCUGAAAUACUGCCUCAAUUACACCAUAAUAUGGCUUCGCCUUGGCCGAUAUUAGUUGCACUUACACCAUUAGGAGUUAAUGCCGCGGAGCUAGAUGACUUCUCGAACAACCUGGCGACAGACUUAGGCCCUCUCCUCACGCUUUUCGGCGACGCUGUAACGAAGCAGUACCUCAGUGAGAGCACAUCGUUCUUGGAUUACUUCAUCUUCGCAAUGGCUCCAAUUGGAAUCAUAACUGCAAUUGUCUCUGUGAUCCGCGUUUGCGGCAGCACCGCCUUGCGCGCAUUCGUUGGCAGGGCUCAGGAAGGCGACGGAGCUAUCGAGGCAGAGCUCUGUACUUCCACCAGCCGAGACGUCUGCGAGCUUUUCAACAAGGGCGGAAUUGCGCGAGUCCUGGGCAGACCCAAAAUCCUGGAAAUCGUGCAAGUUCAUCAUGAGCUAGAUCCAGAGCCACAUCGAGGAAGGGACGACAAGAUGGGCAUUUUUCUAUUUCGUGACUAUCUCGAGAAUUAUCCAGAUGGAGAGUGGGAAAAAACCCAACGACGCUGGCCUUGGCUGAGAACGAAAAUCCCGCAUCCCUCAAAAGCUGGAUCCACUAGGGAGACAGAGAUUGAUGGACAUUCGUCCACACAGGCAUUUACAUCACGAUCGACUGCCGUCUUUCAUACUCUUCGACGCCGGAUCAGAUCUCGCUCAAGUAAUUCAGGCCACAGAGACGAGGAAAGUCACAUGGGGCUAUCAAAAAAGAGCAUUUCAAGUCCCAACCUUUCAAUCAAUAUUGGCAUUGUGAAGCUGGAGUGGUAUUACUUUUAUGCUCUUGCCGCCUUGGGCUUCAUUCUUCAAACUGGCGUGGUGGUCAUGGCUGGCGUUCUCUCACUGCGCUUGCAGUGGACAAAGAGCGGAGCGCCUGAGGCAACCCGGAAUAUCCGUUUGGCUAUCUCAGAAAAUCCAGCCCCUGUCAUGUUCAUAAUGGGUACGACUUCCAUGUGUGUUGGGAUGUUUUGGUGUGCAGCUCUCAUUGGUCAAAGCACUCGCGAGGACUAUUACCAACGAAAGAAGCACUGGGAGCUGAAGUCUGGCUGUAGACAGAAGCGCAAACCGUCAACGCUGUUCUGGCUACAGCCAGGGAGCCAAGUUGUUGGCGACCAAACUUUCGAUGCAUUCGCUUAUUCAGAUGGUGCAGACGGAUCAAAGGAUCGCCUAAACAAGUAUACUACUUCGCAGAAGAUUGAACUAGACAAGUCUCACACUUAUGCUCUUGGGGCUAUAACCCUCACGCUUGGAGGGUACAUAGUUCAGUUCAUCGCGUUAAGGGGUAUGAGUGCUUACGUCUCUAUCGCCCAACUCGGGAUCAUGCUGAUAAUGAGCUUUUUUCGGGGGUGCUUGCGCAUGCAACGCCUUCAGAAAACCGACAAUAAGCUUGGCAAAAUCCCGGAUAGCGUUGUGGGCCACGAACUAGACUGGCUCGCCUUUGAGAUCGCCGAGGGAGGUUCUACGAAAACCUCGUGGGAGUUCACAGGUGAGGCGCAUAUUUGUAAAUCGCGUUCGGCCGCGGAAGACCGCCAGGCAAACUCUUCUCACGAGCUACUGCUCCGAUAUAGAGUUCGACUUGCCCGCCUAACAGGCCAUCAAUCUUCUCAUCCCUAUGGGUCACUUAUUUGUCAAGACUGGCAAGAGGAUCAGGUCGCAGUCCGAGGUAAAUCUCGAGAGCUAGCUCGCGCACUGUGCGGCGCUGUUGAGGUGCUCAUUGGCAGGGCCAAUAACCUGGCAAGUGUAAUUUUCCACAUUGGAAUACAGAGCGGUGGCUUGCAAUCAUUCGUCGAGGUGGUUUUUGAACCGCCGAAUGAAUCAAUCCUGAGCCACUGGAGCAUUGAUUCGACAAGAUUAGAGGGUAUUCUCGGGCUCUGGCUCUGGUCAUGGCAAUGUUCAGGUAAAACUAAAACUACUACUAUGGACUCAGACAUUGCGCGGGCAGAGUUGGACCUAUGGAUCGGCGACAAUGAUAUCCAGGUCUCCAGUCGAGUUCAACUUGCAGGCACACCAAAGCGACUCUCGGAAUUCUGUCAAAAACUUUACAUAGCAAUUAUUGCCGCUCUGGCGGAAGAUAGGAGGAAUCUCGGCAAAGUAACUUGGGAAGAGGUCUCGGGUCAAGUACGGUGGAAGAACGACAAGAUAUCCGACAUGGCCACAGCGUUUUCCAACAGCGGUCUAGGAUCGUAUUCUGAGGGGUUCGUGUGCUCGCUACGGGCAUCAAGGGAGUAUCUAGAAGUUCCUAAGGGGAAAGCCAUGGUGUACUCUAUCAUCAAAGCGAGUACGAAAUUUCGGAAAGAUGGUGAGUGGUUACGAGCUGAACUGUUGCUCAAGUGGCAGUGUGCGCAUUAUCGUUCACAACGACAGGGGAUGUCAGAGGAUCCAGACUUCUCGGCCGCAUUGACCGCGAUAGGUGAAUUCUAUCGCUCCUCAUUUCGCGAUCCAAAGCGAAGGGUUGGUGGAUAUAAAGGGAUGAGAUGGAUGAUCGAGAAAUACGGACUAGAACCAGUAGACCAAGAAAUCAAGAAGAUCUUGGAUAGCUAUUACGAGAUCGCCUUUCGGAUUUCAAAGGUCUACAAUGACAAGGAGUUUGAAGACGAAACCGAGCUUCAAAACCAGGAACGGUUAAGAGAGGAGAUGGAUUUUCUCAAAUGUAUUGAGUUUAAGGACAGAGCUUCUACUCUGUACCAAUUGUGCUUUAUUACAAGCAAGGCACUUAAGUCUGUCGAACUAAAAUCAGCGCUCCCUUUAGCAGCGCAAUAUGGCUGGAAUGAAGUUGUUAUUGCUCUUUUGGAUCUGCUCGAAACUGUAGAUAACCAAGACACAAAUGGCAGAACGGCACUUUCAUAUUAUGCAGAAGCAGGAAGCAUUAUAAUGCCAAAGAUGCUAUUAGAGCAUGGUGCUUUCCCGGAUCUAAAAGACAAUAGAAAGCGUACUCCCUUAUAUUGGGCGGCGGGGAACGGACAUACAGACGUGGUCGAGCUUCUCCUCGAGACUGGAAAGGUUUAUACGGACUCUGAAGACGCCGAUGGCCAGACGCCGCUGUCGCUGGCUGUGGAGGCUGGGCACGAGGCGGUAGUAAAGCUGCUGCUCAAGAAGGGCGCUAAGCGAGAGGUUAAGGGUCGCAGUGGUCAGACGCUGCUGUGCGUGGCUGUGGAGGCUGGGCACGAGGCGGUAGUGAAGCUGCUGCUUGAGGAGGGCGCCGAGCGAGAGGCUAAGGAUGAUUAUGGUCGGACGCCACUAUGGGUGGCUGCGCAGGCUGGGCACGAGGCGGUAGUGAAGCUGCUGCUUGAGAAGGGUGCUAUGCGAGAGGCUAAGGAUGAUAAUGGUCAGACGCCGCUGUGGGUAGCUACGCAGGCUGGGCACAAGGCAGUAGUGAAGCUGCUACUCGAGAAGGGCGCUAAGCGAGAGGCUAAGGAUGAUAAUGGUCGGACGCUGCUGUGGGUAGCUGCGAAUGCCGGGCACGAGGCGGUAGUAAGGCUGCUGCUCAAGGAGGGCGCCGUGCGAGAGGCUAAGGAUCAUCAUAAUCGGACGCCGCUAUGGUGGGCUGCGCAUGCCGGGCACGAGGCGGUAGUAAAGCUGCUGCUUGAGGAGGGCGCCGUGCGAGAGGCUAAGGAUUAUGAUAAUCGGACGCCGCUAUGGGUGGCUGCGCAGGCCGGGCACGAGGCAGUAGUGAAGCUGCUGCUCAAGAAGGGCGCUAAGCAAGAGGUUAAGGGUCGUGGUAGUCAGACGCUGCUGUGGGUGGCUGCGCAGGCUGGGCACGAGGCGGUAGUGAAGCUGCUGCUUGAGGAGGGCGCCGAGCGAGAGGCUAAGGAUGAUUAUGGUCGGACGCCGCUGUGGGUGGCUGCAGAGGCUGGGCACGAGGCGGUAGUGAAGCUGCUGCUCGAGGAGGGCGCCGUGCGAGAGGCUAAGGAUAAUGAUGGUCGGACGCCGCUGUUAGUGGCUGCGCAGGCCGGGCACGAGGCGGCAGUGAAGCUGCUGACGCCGCUGUUAGUGGCUGCGAAUGCUGGGCACGAGGCGGUAGUAGAGCUUAUGUUAUAA